GUGAAAUAUCAUGUCAGACGGCGGAAGAUGAGGAAGUGGGGGCGUCUUUAACGAUUUGUAAGCGCACAGACGAUAAGGCCACUUAAAAUGACUGAGCUAAGAGAAGAGGUCGGUUUUGACGACAUUAAACGACUGAUCGACCACAUGUCGAAGAACGUUUAUCGAGCAAAGGAUAAUGAUCCAAUGAACAAUAAUGCACUGGAUAAAUGUUUGCAGCUCUUUGGAAGAGACUACAAAUUCUCCGUGAUAAACAACACAGGUGACCUAUGCAGUCACUAUCCUGCCAAAUUGGUCCUCCUGGAGUAUGAGAGAAGUAAGGAGGAGGACCAGAGACAAGACAAUGUACAGAGUAUUUACGACCUCCCUAAGAUGAGAGAAUUGUUCAUGAAGACAAGGUUUGCGAGAUGCAGGGGGAGAUUUGUGGCCCCAGUCAUACUUUAUAAGGGAAAAACUGUGUGUCGAUCAGCCACGAUAUCAGGGGGAGCCGAGAUCUACGGCAGAGCUUUCUUUGAUGCUUUCAUGACAGGUGGCGAGCGUAUCCCUGAGGAGGUCGAGGAAUGUAUUCCCAAUACAGAGAGUCGCGAUGGAAGUGACUGGCAGUUGUUUAACAAGACCAGGGGUCAGGAUAUCAGGCUGUUGAAAAUGCUGAAAGUUUCCCAUAUCUGUGAUCUGAUGGUGGAGAAGAAGAAACAAAAGUUUGGAAUGAGUAUCACAUCUUCAGAAAAAGUGGACAAAGAAAAAAGAUAUGCAGAUUUUAAGAUAGUUUCACUGCCCUAUCCAGGCUGUGAAUUUUUCCAUGACUGGAGAGAGCACAAUUACUCAGCUGAGGAUUUGAUAUUUGACUGGGGACAGAGUUUUGUAGAUGCUCACCUCGACAUCCCCAUGGGUUGCAUAUCUCCGCAGCUGGGCUCUCUAGACUGGCAUAAUUACAAAAAAUGGGACCUAAUAAUGUUAACAAGAAGCUACCUGAAGCUCUUAUUACACUAUGUAAAAGAAGGUAAACACUAUAAGGUGAUUAACAACACAGGUGACCUAUGCAGUCACUAUCCUGCCAAAUUGGUCCUCCUGGAGUAUGAGAGAAGUAAGGAGGAGGACCAGAGACAAGACAAUGUACAGAGUAUUUACGACCUCCCUAAGAUGAGAGAAUUGUUCAUGAAGACAAGGUUUGCCAGAUGCAGGGGGAGAUUUGUGGCCCCAGUCAUACUUUAUAAGGGAAAAACUGUGUGUCGAUCAGCCACGAUAUCAGGGGGAGCCGAGAUCUACGGCAGAGCUUUCUUUGAUGCUUUCAUGACAGGUGGCGAGCGUAUCCCUGAGGAGGUCGAGGAAUGUAUUCCCAAUACAGAGAGUCGCGAUGGAAGUGACUGGCAGUUGUUCAAUAAAACCAGGGGUCAGGAUAUCAGGCUGUUGAAAAUGCUGAAAGUUUCCCAUAUCUGUGAUCUGAUGGUGGAGAAGAAGAAACAAAAGUUUGGAAUGAGUAUCACAUCUUCAGAAAAAGUGGACAAAGAAAAAAGAUAUGCAGACUUUAAGAUAGUGUCACUGCCUUAUCCAGGCUGUGAAUUUUUCCAUGACUGGAGAGAGCACAAUUACUCCGCUGAGGAUUUAAUAUUUGACUGGGGACAGAGUUUUGUAGACGCUCACCUAGAUAUCCCAAUGGGCUGCAUAUCUCCACAGCUGGGUUCUCUAGACUGGCAUAAUUACAAAAAAUGGGACCUAAUAAUGUUAACAAGAAGCUACCUGAAGCUCUUAUUACACUAUGUUAAAGAAGUAGAGGGUGGUGUCCUGGUUCACUGUAUAUCAGGGUGGGACCGCACCCCUCUGUUUGUAUCUCUACUCCGCCUGUCUCUAUGGGCGGACGGUCUGGUGCAUUCCUCUCUUAGUGCAAUGGAAAUACUCUACCUAACAGUGGCCUAUGACUGGUAUUUGUUUGGUCACAACCUGCCUGACAGACUGGCUAGAGGAGAAGAGAUUUUAUUCUUUUGUUUUUAUUUCUUGGGGUAUAUCCAGUCAGAAGAAUUUUCUUUAGCAAAAAAGCCUAGGUCUAGGGCAGUGAGUAGGGCAGAUUCUGAGUGCAAUAUUGAAGGGGUUCUAUUAGAUGCCUCUGACACCACAAUCCGUUAUGGUCGUUGUGGUAGUACCACCAGUAUUAACAGUGUUAGCAGUAUCACUAGCAAUAGGAGUAGUGUGGACAAUGCACCAAUGUUCUUCACAGCUGGUAGUCCAGAGGAGGACUCCUUUAUACAGAGCAGCAGUGGCGUGCCCUCAGUUAGUUUUCACAGAAAAUCGCCCACUAGUCGUCACCAGCUGAGCUCCGAGUCUUCCAGUAGCACACCAGGCAGUUACCAUGGCGUGGCGUAUACGGCGAGUACCACGGCGGUCCCAGUGCCAAGCGGAAGCAGACUACGAGAGAAAAGUUUAGCUGAGGCUGCCAAUUCACCAGCUUGUGGAAGUUGGCAAGUGAUCUCGGCUACAGGGAGUCUGAAGGAUGCGGCCACCUUCAGGGACUCUCCCAAAGCGUCAGGUUCUGAUCACAAUAUCAGUAUGGACAGCAGGACAAGUUGGUGUGCGGAGAUCACCGAGAUGACAGAAUCCAAUGAAGGCACUCCCAGAAUGCAAAAACUGGACAGAGUGAGGAAAAUAUUCCACAAUGUGUACAGUGUGACUAUAGGCUUUAAGAAUGGACCAGAUCCUUCAGGGGGACUCACUAGUUUAUUGGACCACUUUGCUGAAAAAGUUGGUAUUCGAGGAGCGAAAAGUACUUUUGUAUAGCAUCGGCUGCAGCUGAUAUGUGGGGAUUUUGAUUUUCUUUUGUGCGUGUGUGCAUUUUGAUGCACAGGGAUAUUUGUUUUUAUUUAAUAUACAAAGAGAGACAGUAUAAAUUAUUCAUGUCAUGGGCCACAAUAAUUUGAUUAAAACUGAAUGUUUGUUGUAGGUGUUGAAGUUUUGAGAAGUUCUCGUCAUCUUCAGUAUCGAAAUAUCAUGGAGGAAGUUGUGUCGCUGUGGUUUACGUAAUUGUUCAGUGUUGGAUACUGUUGAACAUGUUAACAUUAUGUCGCACAAUAGAAGGUAACAUCUGUGUAACAGGUUAUAGCUAUGGAAUAGAGGUUGCACCCAGACACCUCCCCAUCAAGCAAUAUUGAGGCAAACUUCCUUUAGGAGCUGGUUGCAGAUAUUAAAGCCAUAUUCAGGGGUCAGCUGCACCAGUUUUCUCACUCCAAAGAAACACACAACAGUAUCAGAUGUUCAAAUGUUGGUGUUUUUUCUUCCUGUGUUCCUACAGAACUGAUAGACAUUCCUGUGUAAAGCUGAGGCAAUACUACAAUACUAUCUGUAUACGCAGAAACCUUCCCUCAUUCAACUUACUUAGUACAUUGCCCAAAAAUGGUAUUAUAGCGACGGGUAGAACAACACAAAAAUUAUUGAGACAAGUGUAUUUUUUUCUUUCUUUCUUUUUACAGGAUAUGAAUAAUUUAAUAAAAAAAAAUUACAACCUGAAGUUUUAGUUGUGCAUAGAACAGUUUUGAUCAAGAGUGUAAUCCUUCAAUAUCUUCUGGAUAAUUUACCCAUAUGUUGUUACCUGAUGUUCUUUUGAAUUUUUUCUUCAAAUUUCCCAAAAAACAUUACUAUAAAAUUGCCACUUUUAUUUUAAAAAGGCAUUUUUAUGUCAGUUUCAGUGAAGUCUUAUAGUUCUAGCAUAAACUUUCAUAUCCCACUGCACAUUAAAUUGCAUAUUUUCUAAUUGUUUCACAUAAUUCCUGU